AUGCAUAGCACCUUGGUUGCUGUUUUCGCCGCAGCGCUCUGCCUCAUCCCUGGCGUCCAGGCCUUUACCGAUCCUUGCAUCUACCAGAGUUACAAGUGUGGCUUUAAUCUACUCAGCGAAUAUGGCUACAACAUUACCGAGCUCGCCGACGCUGUCGCCAGCACGCCAUCUAUUCCGCCCCUCCCCGAUACUUUGCUUCUCCAGGUCACCUACCGUUGCAUCAAUAUCUACGGAGGGAUCGUCGGCAACGCGUACUGCUUUGCGGGCUGUAUCGACAUGAAAGAGACUCUCUCUAAUGACCAGUGCGCCCUGUAA